AUGUCCGAGCGCUUCGUCAUCGGACGUAUGGAUCCUUGCUCCUCGACCAUUUUUCUCACCAAGGCUGAGCCGUCCUUCGCCGAAGAUGAGGAAGAGCCGCUAGACAUCGGAUCCUGGCUUACUCUCUACCAAGGAGAUGGACCUCCUCGGACCGCCAUACUCUGCUUCGAGCCGAAGACCAAACGGGCAAAGGACAUCAAGGAGGGCGAUGUCAUCCUCAGUGAUGGCAAUCCUUACAGAGUCUUGAACGCUCCGGGUCUACCAGAUGCUGACGGCGAGAUUUCAAUACAUGCCUAUGACAUCUUCGCCGAUGAGGUGACCGAUUGCAUUACAGACGACACCGAAGAGAUUACGAUAGUCGCGACCUGGCAGACUAGAUACUCCGUGGUACGAUUUUCGCUCCCAGCGUGGACUGCCGUGGAAGGCUGCUGCUCUGAUGCUAACGAGCUGGCCCCGCAGCGAAUUGUUCCGCCCGCCGAGGUCAUUUCUGGCACUCUGGUCCUGCAGAAGCAGGAAGGUCGGAUCGGAGACAAUCCGGAGAGGGUAUUCAAGCUUCCUGGGGGCAGACUGGGCCCUUCGCUUCUUUACUUCUUCAACGCUGCAAAAUUGUGUCGUAUGCCCAUUACUGUGUUGAUAUAUGAGGUCAUGGGCAGAUUUAAACUUGUUGCGUUCGGUGUUGGGGACUGGGAAUCGCUUGGGCUUCUCUUUCUGCUCCUUCGCAUCCCCCAAAAAUCUGCAUCGUUCUCCGACCUCUUCACAUCAACAGGUGUUGCUCAGAGCCGCGGUUGUACAACACACUUCGAAACCCACACCCAGAUGUCUCAGCACUCGGUCCCUCUCGAAAGGGACAAACACGAUAUGGCCGAACAAGCUACGAAGGAAGAAGAUACGGAGGAAGAAGAGAUGAACAAACCAUUGGAGUUAGGAGGCUACUUGACUCGCGUGGACAAUCAACCUCCCACCACCACACCAACAGAGACUGCCGCAAGGGACCUCUCAGUAGGCCAAGCCAUCCUCUUCCGAGGCCAACCCUGCGAGAUCGUAGGCAGAACCGACAGCUUGGCCCAAGCCGGUCCCCUAGCCUCCCGACACAAAAUCGCGCUCGAGAUGAUCGAGUUGUUCGACAAGGGAGCAUUGGACCCGCUAGUCGUCAAAGCUACCGAGAAGCUCAAGCUCGUGCCCAUCGCCCGCGUGAGAUAUGCCGUGGUCGGUCUCGACGGAGAGAUUAUGACGUUGCAGAAACAGCACCUCAGCCCCGCGCGGAGAACCGUGGCCGAUCUCCAUAUCUCCGGAGGCAAGAUCGGCGAGGACCUGGCUGCUUUCUUCGCCCAGUGCGACGACGAUGAGGGCAGGCUUGGAAUCGGUAUCAGUAAGUUGAAAGACUAUUGCUCCGUCCAACUUCAAAGUCCAUGGCUGACGGGCGGUGAAGCUCUGCUGAUUCUGGAGGCUGUGGGGAAGUUUCAGGUCAUUGGGUUCGGGAUUGGUGAUUGGGAGCGGUUGGCAUAG